GUGAUUCUUGCCUAGCUAUGAUUUCAGACAGACAGACAAACAUAUGUGUGUAUGUGAAUAUAACACCUAUAUUGGUUUGGCUGGUUUGAUUUGGUGCUCUCAGUCUGACAGCGGUGUGUCCCCCUGCAUUAACGUCACGUUGAUUGGAACCCCCACCCUUACGACAGCUCUCGAGGACGCGCUUUAACGGAGAGGGACGCGCACGGACGCGCACACUGCGGUUCAGCGUACUUCCAUGUGCGUGCGUGCUCGCAACCUUUCUGUUUGUCUCCCUCCAGAACGCGCACGCAGCUCUUUAUCUCCGCCUCUGACUGUUGGACUGGUACAGACAGUCGUCGGAUGGACGCGGGAGAUGGAGAUCUGCUGACGCGCACCGGCGCACCACUUACUGUACACAGCCAUGAGAUGCUCACAACACCGGCGUCUAUCAGCAGUGACAAGCUCGGGAAAACCCGAGAAACCGGCACAGACAAAGAUUUGUGGAGCUUACAGGGAAACCCGACUGUGGAAACUACUCCUGACGCGAAAGCAAAGACGCAUUUCAUCACUAUUCAUGAGUGCCAAAACAUUUUGAUUCCACGCACUUUGGAUAAACUUCCACGACACAAGACAGAACAGAAGCAGUAUGUGUUAUUGACGUCAUGAGGUGAAAUAAUCAACUUAACAAGCUGUCCAAACUCACAAGGAAACUCUUCACUGUUAAGACGCCAGAACUGUUUUGCCCAUUUUCCCUCUUGCUGCUUUUUCCAUACAAACAGCCUGUUUUCAAAUUUUCCACAUUCGUCCGAGGCUCAGGUCUGGUUUGUGAACGUUAUCAUGGCCUCUCCACAACACCAACAACUGAUUCACAACAGUGAAGCGAGCUGCGAUUCCAGCGGAGACGGUCCGGUAUCCGUGCGAAUCAGCAGCGCUAAAGUGCACAAACAGCAGCGUGGGAGUCUGGGUGCCAGUGCCAUGUGCAGCAUCUUAGGGGGCUCCAAACAUUGCAAGUACAGCAUCUCUUCCAGCUGUAGCUCUGGUGACUCUGGCAUCCGCAAACCUGCGUUUAAAGGUUUGCGGAGUCAGAGGAAAAUGCCACAGCUGUUUGAGAGGUCAGCUGGGCACUUUUGGAACCCCAGAUUUGACUCGAACAUCCUGGAGGUGGCAUGUCGCGAGCGCUGCUUCCCCCAGACGCAAAGGCGCUUUCGCUGUGUGCUGCUUUACCUUGCUGCGGCCAGCCUUCUCUGGGGAAUUUUUUUUAUCGCUAAUGCUGAUCGAUGUCAACGGACUGUCUUCUUGUUACCCACAGCGUCUUUCUUCCUACUUUGCUCCCUCCUGUUUGUCUUCACUUUCACCAAGUUCUACGUCCGCUGCUACAACCAGGCCACGCUUUUGCUCAUCGUGGUCACGUUUGCCCUCACGCUCACACCGCAGGUCCAAACAUCAGGCUUUGGUGAAUUUAGUGGUCUUGCUACGAAAGUUGAAGAUGAUCUGGGCGACCUCAAUGGUUCUGAGAGUGGAAAUCUCACUUUUGAUGUUUCCAAGAGUGGGGCUUCAGUGGCCCCCUGUAUGUCUCCAGUAGGAACCUUCUCCCUUGGUAUGGAAGUGCUUUCAUUGCUCUACAGUUCUCACGUCCGACUGUAUGCUUCCCUUCUGCUCGGUUUGCUGUACUCUGUGCUUUUCGAGAUGCUCGGCUGGAUGCACUUGUUUUGGGAGGACGGAUGGAGUGGUUCCACAGAGGAACAUUUGGAAACUCUUUACUGGCUGAUUCCCGGUAGAGCCAUCUUACAUCUCUGCGCCCACAUCAUCGGCAUCCAUCUUUUCAUAAUGUGUGAAGUAAGGUCACGUUGCACCUUCCUCAAGGUCGGCCAGGCCAUCAUGCAUGGGAAAGACUUGGAGGUUGAAAAGGCCUUGAAGGAGCGAAUGAUCCAUUCGGUGAUGCCUCGACGGGUGGCGGAUGAGCUCAUGAAGCAAGGCGAUGAUGACAAUGAUAAUUCGGUUAAGCGGUACUCAACGGGAGCAGCGAUCGCCUGUGCCUCCAGCCCUAAAAGCGCCAAACGCAAGAAGACGUCGAUACCUCGUGGUCAGAUCAUUUUUCGACCCUUCAACAUGAAACGCAUGGAGCCGGUCAGCAUUCUGUUUGCAGAUAUUGUGGGCUUCACCAAAAUGAGUGCCAACAAAUCAGCACAUGCCCUGGUGGGACUCCUCAAUGACUUAUUCGGCCGCUUCGAUCGCCUCUGUGAGCUCACGUGCUGUGAGAAGAUCAGCACGCUAGGUGACUGUUACUACUGCGUGGCCGGUUGCCCUGAACCACAGGACGACCACGCCUACUGCUGCGUGGAGAUGGGCCUGGGAAUGAUUCAGGCUAUUGAGCAGUUCUGCCAGGAGAAGAAGGAGAUGGUGAACAUGCGUGUUGGGGUCCACACGGGCACAGUGCUUUGUGGGAUCCUUGGCAUGAAGCGCUUUAAGUUCGAUGUCUGGUCCAAUGAUGUCAACCUCGCCAACCUCAUGGAACAACUGGGUGUGGCUGGAAAGGUGCACCUGUCUGAGGCCACGGACAAGUUUUUGGAUGACCGGUACCUGCGUGAGGAUGGGCGGGUCACAGAACGGAUCGGACCAAGCGUGGUAGCAGAUCAGCUCAAAGGUCUUAAGACGUAUCUGAUCUCAGGUAGGAAAGUAAAACACAUCCAGUGGAGCUGCUCGCAGUCCGGCUUAGCGGGAACAGAGCUUACAAAAUCUAUAAGCAUCGCAUCCUGCGCUCACACCCCGGACCUCACGGCAUCGGCUUGUCCUCUGACACCGGACAGAGUUAAGUCCGUCUGUCCCUCCUGUAGCGGGUUGGCUUCAGAAGAUGGACUGCUUCUUAACAGCUGCACAGAUCCGGAUCACAAGUCCAUCAAUAGCAAGGGACCGUCAGGCAAAAACCCGAAAACCCUUAAUGGGCUGUUGAGUCCGCAGCCCCUGGCCCACAGUCAGACGUCCCUGUGCGAGAUGCUACAGGAAAAGGAAAAGAAAUGGGGAGCCGGCAUCGGCAGCAUGGGAACGAUGGAUCAUUCCGCCCUCAUCCCGCUGCGCUCCAAAAACUUCCGUGAGAGGAGCGACGCUCACUUUGUGGAUGUGAUAAAGGAGGACAGUCUGAUGAAAGAUUACUUUUUCAAACCACCCAUCAACAAGUUAAGCCACACUUUCAUCGAUAAGUCCCUGGAGUCGGCUUAUAGGACCAGUUACCAGGAGGAGGUAAAGACGCAGGCUCCUGUCCAGACUUUUGCCAGUCCGACAUUCAGCUCAUUUCUGGACAUGCUCCUGUGUUGUUUUGUUCUUCUGGCUCUUUCAUUGGCUUGUUUACUGCGGCCGCUGGUCACCCAUCAGCCCCUGCCCACUCCUGCGCUCAUCGUGGCAGCAGUUUCAGCUGUACUUGAAUGUCUUGCCCUGAUGUUGGCUGUCCGAAGAGCGUUUUAUCUGGAUAUGGUUCUGGACUGCACCAGAACCCUCCUGUGGGCCAUCUCUGGUUGGGUUCCUCGCCAUAUGAUCGGAGCGGUCCUGGUGUCAUUACCCGCUGUGGCCGUCUUCUCUCAUAUUACAUGCAGUAUGCAUCAAUCCAUCCAGUUCACCAUGUUCACCUGCUGUGCCGUCAUAAUAGCCAUCAUCCAGUACUGUAACUUCUGUAUGCUCAGUUUCUGGAUGCGUUCAAGUCUGGCGACGCUGGCCGGACUCACGUUUCUUAGCGUACUCUGGAGUCCUCCCUGCAGCACUUGGGAACGUCUAUUUUUCAGAUCCAGUGACUUCAACAGCAGCGAUAAUGACACCCAGCCUUCUACGAAAGCUUCGGGACCACAGGACCUGCUUGGCCCAGAGGCUCUGGUGGCAUUUUUCCUGUUGAUUUUACUCGUUUGGUUCCUCAACCGCGAGUUCGAGGUUAGCUACCGUCUGCACUACCACGGCAACGUGGAAGCGGACCAACACCGCAUCAAGAUCCAAAACAUGCGUGACCAGGCGGACUGGCUCCUGCGAAACAUUAUCCCCAUCCACGUGGCCGAACAGCUCAAGGUGACCCAGAGCUACUCGAAGAAUCACGACAAUGUGGCCGUCAUCUUCGCCAGCAUCGUCAACUUCAGCGAGUUUUACGAGGAGAGCUACGAAGGCGGCAAAGAGUGCUACCGCGUCCUGAACGAACUGAUCGGUGACUUCGACGAACUCCUACGCAAAUCCGACUUUUCCAACAUCGAGAAAAUCAAGACGAUCGGUGCGACCUACAUGGCGGCUUCGGGUCUUAACACGCAACAGUGCAGCGACCAGGUUCACCCGCACGCCCACCUGCGAGCCCUGUUUGAAUUUUCUUUGGAAAUGAUGCGAGUGGUCGACGACUUCAAUAAAAACAUGCUGGGCUUCAAGUUUAAGUUGCGGAUCGGGUUCAACCACGGACCCCUCACCGCGGGAGUGAUCGGCACCACCAAGCUACUCUACGACAUUUGGGGUGACACGGUUAACAUCGCCAGCCGAAUGGACACCACAGGAGUGGACUGCCGCGUUCAGGUCAGCGAGGAGAGCUAUGUGGUGCUUAGCGGAAUGGACUAUGAGUUCGACUACCGUGGUACUGUCAACGUGAAGGGCAAAGGUCAAAUGAAGACCUACCUGUAUCCAAAGAGCACGGACAGCGGACCUGUGCCGCAGUACCAGCUGUCUGUCUCGCCAGAAAUCCGAGCGCAGGUGGACGGAAGCAUCGGACGCUCGCCCACCGACGAGAUCGCCAAUAUGGUGCCUGCCCACAACGUCAGUAGAGUAGGUGCGUCGUUCUCCGUGAGCUCAGGUCUUACAGAGCAAGGAGACGGAGGCAAAGCGGUCGUUGACAGCUGCAACGGUACGUCCAAGACUCAGCGAUCCGCGUCUGCCCUUGGCCUAAUUUGUAGACCAGAAACCAACUUGAGUCCAGCAGCAAUUGGUAAACCACCAAACCCAACGUUGACCUCUAUCGUCCCGGGUUCAAACCAGUCGCGAAACCUCGACUCAAAGGCCACAGCCGAGCAGCAAAAUGUUGAAUACACUGGGGAACUGACAAAACUCUGACGCUAACAAGCUACCAGUGUCGUUUUUAACCCUUUAAACAUGGGCUUGCAACCCUCUCCGUUGAGUUUAUAGGGGUAGGCAUGCUUAGGAAUGUACGUACGGUAGCGUAGAUUUGCAUUGGUGUAUGUGGGGUGGAAAGUAAACUGAAUUUAGCACACAUUCUUAAGUGUUUAUACAACAAGGCCAAUAUGGCAGCACAGAUCCAGGAGGCAUUUUGUGUCUUGAUCUCUCUAGCAGGACAGUACAGGACCGUAAAAUGGCGACAAUAUGGGAUGCGUUGGGACGGCACAGACCACAAGUCCCGACCACAGUUAUUCAUAAUCGUAAUUAAGUAUUCGUCAAAUUUUCUUUAAUAAAGUGCCUUUAGGAUAACAGUAUAUAUGAGGCAUUUUUAAAAACCUUUAAAAGCAUGCCAAUCUGAUGUUAGGAAAAUAUUUAUAUAUUUUGGAUUACUAUACAGUAGAUAUUUUUGAGUUAUAUAAGGUAUACAUUUAUCAGUUAUGGGGCGUACACACCAAAUGCGAAUUCAACGAUUUGCUCGAGUAGAUUACAUACAAAGUCAAUGCAAAGACACUAAAGGGGAUCGCACACUGGCCGCGCAGCUCAGCGCCACGCCGUUCUAACAAAAUCUAACACAUUGUUUUCUAUGAGUAUACGCACACCGGCGCCGCCCCCCUUUAUAGAUGCAAACUUACGUGGGGCGAAGCGACUGACACAAAUUGGGCAGUGCGAUUGCCUCGAAAAGAUGUGCUAUUCACCUCAAACGCGACUUUGCACAAGUUGAAAAUAUUCAACUUAAGCUAAAAAUUUGCAUGACACGAAGUUAAAUCCCGUUAGUAAUCUAGAGGGAGUAAAGCGAUGCUUCGCGAUUGGUGUGUACCCACCAUUAGUAUUUAAGGGUCUGUUUUGACCGAAUUAAGCGAUUAUUGCCGUUUUUUAAAAAAUGUUAUAUGACAAACCAUCACAAUGUCGCACGUCAAAAAGCGUCUAUGAAUAAGUAUUAAGUUAAUAAGUUAAAUCUAGAGCAAGCUAUGGGCUUCAUCCACCUACAUCAGGAAUAUGAAACAUUUCUACAGGAAAUUAUUCCUCUUAGGUGCAUGUUUACUUACGGUGUUCCUGUAGUUCAAUCGGUUGAGCGUUGCAUAAGCAGUGCAAACUAUCAUGGGUUCGAACCCAUAGGACACACAUACGGUAUACCAUGAAUUCAAGGCGUUUUGGAUCAAAGCAUUUGCUAGAUGCAUAAGUGUAACCGUUUUUGUAUUCAUUUUUCCUGGUUGCAAUUCAUUUGAGACUUCUUGGAUGGGUGACCAUAACCCAAAAUGCAUGCCUCAUUAAGAAACAACAAUGGGGUUGGCACAUUUGCCUUAAUGUAAUGAGAUGAAAAUCUUAAAGGACUCAUUUAAAGUCUUAAAGGACAUAAAUGCAUUCAUGCAUUAACUCCUGCAAUCUUUCAAAUUUAGAGCUGAGGAUGUUUAUUAAAAGCAUGGCAGCAAGUUGUCAGUAAAAGUCAACGUGAAAUGAGAAUUUAUCUGAUUUAAUUUCUUAAUGCAUGUGCCUAGUCUUAAUAUUGUGCACGAUUCAUCAGUGCACGCUUUUCUAUUGUUAACCAACAGGCAGAUCGCUGUUUAAAGACCGUUUUAGGCUACUGUGAUAGGUAGUACAAACUUUUUUAAAUAGUUAAAUCCCGUAGAUAACAGUAGAUUUGAGAACAAAAUGCUCUGAAAUGUGAACGUGACUUUUAAUCGACAUGUCUGGCUUUAUUCUGGUAUUAUCACUAUCCAGUUACUUAUAUGUGGUUAAAGGUGCAGUGUGUCAAUUUUAGAAGGAACUGUUGACAGAAGUGCAAUUUAAUGUACAUUAUCAGACCUUACGUAUUGUUUAUAUUAUUACUACACCUAGGGUCCUCUUACAUGGAAGUAACCAUCAUGUUUCUACAGUAGCCCUAAACGGACAAACUGCUCUACAAAGCACGUUUCUUCAUUGUUGUCUCAGACGAUGACACGUCCCGUGGAGGCCACCGUAGCUUCUCUAUGUGUUUAGAAAGGGAGGGGUGAGCCGUAGGUUGCAAUUUAUAAUCUCACAGAUGCCACUAAAAUCUACACACUGCACCUUUAAGAUAAAGUCCAACUUGUUGUUUUCUCAUUAAACAUUUACUUUAAAUGACAUAAAUUUAGGAAAGAUAAAUGUGCAUUUUUUUAUUUCGUGUUGACUUUGAUUAUCUUUGCCUUUCAUAGCUGCCAUGACAUCUUGGAAUUCAAUUCAUUAUGAUGUAAAGAAAAAGAUUUUGGGUAUUAGAAAUGAAAUUGUCAAUUAUCUGUGGGUAUGAGGGUAAAUUUACCCUGGCAUUUAAAUGUACAGACCUGUGUGAAAUAUUAGAAUAUAUUAGACCAUAGAUUUGACUCUCCUGCUUGUCUUUUGUUGUGCAAUAGUAAAGGGUAAAUUAUAUGGGAAUAGGAUAUUAGUAAAGGUCUCAUAAAGGUAGAUUUUAAUAUUUUUAACUCCAUGUCGUCGCUAUGUAAGUAAAUUUGCACUGAUAUUGCAUCAAUUACUUGACUGUUUCAAUGGAAUUCGUGUUUUUUCCCUUUUGAUAGGAGCGUUAUGUAUAUUUCACUACUUAAACUUUGGCUUUAUAAUGGGCAGCCUGUCUUAAUUUAAAGGGUUGUGUGCUCAAAGUUUUCUGUUGUUGAAUUUGUCAUUUAUAUAUUUAUAUAUUUCAUGAUUUACACAUUAGUGAUGUUCAUAAGAUUGCGCUUUGAUUAAACACUUGUGAAAUAUAUACGCAAUGCUAUGAAUUUACUAUCUGCCAUUAUGCCAUUCAGCAGUGGUUCUCAAAGUGCGAGAUGGUGCCAGAGGGGACCCCAGUUUUAUAAAAUACAUAAUUGAUCAUAAAUUCGGUGUAAUCAAACCUCAGAAACGACACUACAUUGUAUAUAUAUUUUUUUUUUUUAUUCAUAUUCUAUGUUUUAGAUUGUUUAUGUCAUGAUUUUUUUUUGGGGAGCCGCACACACCGAAAAGUUUGAGAACCACUGCCAUACAAAACAAAAGGGAAUUGUUAUAAAAAAUGUGAUUAAUUUGUCUGUUUUUGUCAUAUGUAUUAGUGCCUUUUACUUAUUUAGAAUGCAUCGAAAUGACACCGCCCUGUUCAUUUUCAGACAUAAAUACAUACUUAACGUUUGCGUGUGAUAUAUUUAUCAGAAAUUAUCUUUAGCGCUGUGCCUUUUCUUAAUAAGAAUUUGUUCAACAUGUCCAUAUUCAGUUUGAAUGUGAAUGUUACAGGAGAAAUAUUGUCAUUUGAUUACAAGAUGCAAUUCUUAAAUAAUUAACGUUAAUUCUGUGCUGAUUUUGAUGUGAGACCACGUAAAGUUACCCAUUUUUAUAUUAUAUUUUGUAGGGCACGACUUUGACAAUAAUUAAAGUGCCCUUGCUGCCUAAAGGGAAUACGAGCACACAACCCUUCUGGGCUCCUCUGUUUCAGAGAAGAAAAGCAAUAUAAAACUUGAUUAAACACUAUAAGCAUUAUACUUAACUACUGAUCCCAGCUUUGCUAAAACAUUGAUGUUUUUUGACGUUGUCAUUUGUAUGGAAAUGUACUCAAUAUGAACUUUCCAUUCGUAUAACUGCUUACUUCAGCAAUGAGAAAGGGCUGAACUAAUGCAUGAUAACAGAAGAGCCACUUUGUGUUUGUUUGUUUGUUUGUUGUUUUUAUAAUCGGUCACUUUAGUUACUCGGCCCAAUUGAUAAGCAAUUUGAUUUCAUGUGUGUAUGCAAAGCUCAAUACAUCAAUAGACGAAUCACACACUGUAACUUCUUGCCAAAGAGUUUAUUUAUUCAAGAAUGUAUAAUUUUCACUUGGUUUCUUUGUAGAAACUUUAUUGAAUCAUUUAUAAACUCGUUGUCGUAUAUCUGUGUCUGUUUGUAUAAAAUUGCUUCUGUGUUUGUACAUAUG